CUUUCAUAUCUGGGCGCUGGAUACCUCCCCCUCGGUCCCUCACCUCUCACCUCUCCCCCGACCGACGUUGAGCGUCGGAUUCUCCCUCCUUUGCCUGAUAUCGCGUAUACUCUCGUCUCAUUGUCAUUCCUCUGGAAAGGAUGGCUAAGGAACCUACUGGAUUUGAGGGCUGGGUCAAGCGGGAAUUCUUGACCCCUUCACGCGCAAUCUUCAAUUUCCUCUGGUACGGUACCCAGCUCUUCGUCUUCGCUUAUGGGUGGUACUCUCAGGAAACGAAUGUGCGCCUUGCUGCUCUGAACGGUCUGAAGUGGUCCGUCUGGGUAUCUCGCGGUGCCGGCCUGGUGCUGGCUCUGGAUGGAUUUAUGAUUCUAGUCCCAAUGCUUCGCAAUAUCAUCAAGGUUGUCCGACCCAAAUUGUCGUGGCUCUUCCCUGCCGACGAGAACAUCUGGUUCCACCGUCAAGUAGCAUACUCGAUGGCGUUCUGGGCAAUGGUGCAUACAACUGCGCACUACGUCAACUUCAUCAACGUCGAGCGCACUCAGGUCCGGCAAGAAGCUGCAUGGCAGAUUCACUAUGAGCAAGCAGGUGGUAUCACCGGCCAUGUCAUGCUCCUCAUCAUGGUGCUCAUGUACACCACUGCGCAUCACAAGGUCCGCGCCCAGUGCUUCGAGGUAUUCUGGUACACCCACCAUCUCGCUUUCUUUUUCAUGAUCGGCCUGUAUUCCCACGCAACUGGCUGCUUCGUACGAGACAGCGUCGAUCCAGACUACAUCAGCACGUUCCCCUUCUACAGCACCGAGCACUGCCUCGGCUACAUGAGCUGGCGGUACACCAUCUGGCCCGGUAUCCUCUACUUCGGCGAGCGCAUGUAUCGCGAGUUCCGUGCGCGCCGUGCUACCCAGCUCGAUAAGGUCCUCGUCCAUCCCUCGGGGGCGAUGGAGCUACGCAUCAUCAAGAAGUCGUUCAAGUACACCGCUGGCCAGUGGCUGUUCAUCCAAGUCCCAGAAGUCUCCAGAUACCAAUGGCAUCCAUUCACGAUCACCUCUGCGCCUGAGGACCCGUACGUCUCCGUGCAUAUCCGCCAGGUCGGUGACUGGACACAAGCUCUUGGUGAACGGCUCGGUGCCGGGCCGAAUGUCGUUGCGCAGAUGACGAAGGCUGCCCUGAAGGCGAGCGAGAAGGACGAGAAGAUGCAGAUGGGCAUGCCCACCCGUGGCGACUUCGUCGAAGUGGACGAAACCAUGAACAGCCGUGGCCUGCCCGUGGUGCGCAUUGAUGGUCCAUUCGGUGCCCCAGCAGAGGAUGUCUUCGAGUCCGAGGUUGCUGUUCUCGUCGGUGCCGGUAUUGGUGUUACCCCCUUCGCCAGUAUCCUUAAGCAUAUCUGGUACCGUCAGAGGCGGGGUAACCUGGGUGCCUUGCGCAGGGUCGAGUUCAUCUGGGUGUGCAGGGACGCCUCCAUCUUCGGUUGGUUCCAGAGUCUGCUGCAGGAGAUCGAGGCUGCCCAGACCGACCCCAACUUCCUCCGUAUCAACAUCUACAUCACCCAAAAGGUCUCGGAGGACACGCUUUACAACAUCGCCGUCAACGAUGCCGGUGCGGCUUACGACCCUCUCACUCUGCUCCGCAGCCGUACUAUGUUCGGCAGACCCGACUGGCCCUCUAUCUUUUCGAAUCUCAGGAUGGCUCUCGAGGGCGGGCAGUAUCUGCCUGGAAGGGAGUCUACGCUCAAGACCCGGAUCGGAACGUACUACUGCGGGCCUUCUGCCAUUGCUAAGGCUCUCAAAUCCGCCACUUCGGCCCAGAACACGAAGUCCCUCAAGUUCACUUUUGCUAAGGAGCACUUCUGAGCAACGGCAUUUCUGGGAAAUGUUCGGUCAUUCCAAAUGGAGAAUCAAGUGUAGCAGUAGCUAGGGUUCCUUCUUCCAUUGGUCUGCGCAAUGAGACUUGGUUACUGCG